AUGUGUGGAAUAGCUUUGAUCGUGUCCGGCAUUCGCAUCGACCUGUCAACGCUGGUCCCUGAUUCUCCCUCCUCCCUACCUUUGGUUCCACUUGGCUUUGCUUCGAAAUUCUCCGUUGAUGAUCUUAAAUCAGCUCUUAGGCAACGAGGUCCUGACAGCUUGGGCAGCAAGAAGGUUAGGCUCAUAGUCGGAUCCAGUCAGGGUAAUUUCCCAAUCGAAGAAGCAAACCAAGAAGAGGAUUUGGUGAUUUCCGUGCUUGAGCGAUCUGGAGAGUUUGGAGAGCAGGAGUGCUCCACUUGUUUGAGGAAUUUCGCCAGAGAAGAAGUCACUACAACGACAGAAAGUUUCAAGUUGGGGAAAGAUGGGCACUGCUCUGAUGGUGAACUGCACUUUAUUGGAGCCACAUUGCAGUUGAGGGGAAGGAGUCGUGUGACGCAACCCUUCCUGGAUUCAUCUGGGAAUGUUCUUGUCUUCAAUGGUGAGAUAUUUGGAGGAAUUGAAGUCGCCCAUGAUGAUAAUGAUAGUGAAGUUCUUUUGCAAACGUUGGUGAACUGUUGCUCCUGCCACUCCAAUGGACACUUAAAUGAGUGUUCUGCUAGCGGGGAAGACCAAAAUUCUGUACUGGAGGUGCUUUCACUGAUCAAAGGGCCUUGGGCUAUCAUCUAUUGGCAGGAAAAUUCAAGGACGUUGUGGUUUGGUCGAGACGCAUUUGGCAGACGGAGCCUUCUUGUUCAUUGGCCAGAUGAGGUCGACUCUCGGUUUUUGCUUUCUUCGGUGUCACCAUUUUCUUCUGCUGAUCAGAGUUCUGAUGUUGAUAUCAAAGAUGGAAGCAUGCCAAAUUUCUGGGAGGAGCUUUCUUGUGGAAUAUAUAGUGUUUCCUUAGAUUAUAGUCCUCAAGAUGGGUAUAUUGCUGGUGGUAUCAAGAGACAUGAGUGGGCUAACACAGUAUUACAAGAACUCAUUAGAUGGGAGAGAGCUUCUGUCUAUCCUCAAGCUCAUGACUCAUAUUUUUCCUCCUGCAAUUCGACGGAGCAAAGAGAGUUGCUUAUUUUACCUUCAGCGGAGACAAUUUACCUGAAAUCAGUACCUGUACAAAGUUCAGUAUCAAGGCAGGCUCGUAAUGUGCUGAGUGUUUUGAGGAAGUCUGUAAUGUUAAGAACUUCACAAAAUGACAUAUUUCAGGUGAUGGCGGAUGAUAGUGCACAAGAGGACUGUACUCCCAUUGCGGUGCUGUUUUCUGGGGGUUUGGAUUCUAUGAUAUUAGCUGCAUUGUUGGACCAGUCCAUAGAUCCAAACUGUGGGGUUGAUCUGCUUAAUGUAAGCUUUGAUGGACAGUCCGCUCCCGAUAGGAUUUCUGCUAAGGCAGGAGUAGAGGAACUGAAAAGAAUCGCACCAUCAAGAAGGUGGAAACUUGUAGAGAUUGAUGCUGACUUAUCGAAGUUAACCAUGGAGAUGAAGCAUGUUAUGGAGUUAAUUUACCCUGCAAAUACGUACAUGGACCUAAAUAUAGGGACUGCUUUAUGGCUUGCUGCAAGUGGUGAUGGUUGGACCUGUGCUUGCACUUGCGGUUCCAGUGAUGAGAACCUACGUGUAAAAUACAAGUCCCAGGCUAGGAUAGUCCUUGUUGGUUCUGGAGCUGACGAACAGUGUGCUGGAUAUGGAAGGCACAGAACAAAGUACAGAUGUGGAAGUUGGAUUGGCCUGCAUGAAGAAAUGAAACUGGACAUGCAAAGGAUAUGGAAACGGAACAUGGGGAGGGAUGAUAGAAUCAUUGCAGACAACGGAAAAGAGGCUAGAUUCCCGUUCUUGGAUGAAGAUGUGAUCAAAACUCUUCUUGAAAUCCCAUUAUGGGAGGUCGCAAACCUUGAUGAACCAAGUGGAGUCGGGGAUAAAAAGAUCUUGAGAGAGGUUGCACGAUUGCUCGGGUUGCUAGAAGCAUCAAUCCUCCCUAAGAGAGCAAUCCAGUUUGGCUCGAGAAUUGCCAGAGAAUCUAAUCGGAAGAAUUUUGGAAGCAACCGCGCAGCUAACUUGGCAUCUGCAGGAAGUGUAGCGAUUGACUGA